AAUGUAUAUAAAACCUUAAUUUGAACUACUUUUCCAGUCUUAGAAGUUAGCCAUUUUCAAUUUUCCAGCCCUCGGUAUAAGAAGGAACAGCGGAAAGAUAAAACAACAUACAACAAAAACAACAUUUGUGCAAGUGCCAUGUGUAUUAUUUAAAUUUUCAUGUGAUUCAUAGUAGAACAUCAAUAGCAUACCGGUUACAUUCCACUAUUUACAAAUUUAAAAAAAGUCUAAGUUUGGUUGAGAAGAAGAAGUAGAAAAUUCCCUGUGUGCGUAAAAGAAUGAGGAUCGCCUGGUCGGGUCUGAUCUUGCACAUCGGUGUCCUCCUCUGGAGUCUGGACAUCGGGAAGGAACUGGGAAAGAGGUCGGAGCCGUGCUCGUUGGGAGGCGCUCGGCUCUUGCUCGUCUCUCUCCCGGGUUUGAGCAGAAACCAUGUCAGCAUUCUUGAGACACUACCGGGGCUGCUCACCGUGGUGCACGUCCCAGAUUCAGCCAGCGCGCACCUUUCUCUCGUCGCAGGUCUUGACAGAAACCCUCUCAUCCCGGGACUCGCCGACGACAUCUUUCACCACACCAACUCCUCGAUUUUCUCGGGUGCACUACCGGCUCUCUUCCCCUCCAUCUGGACCAGGAUGGCGGAUAUCGAUUACAGCAAAGAGGGCGGAAGGUUAGGUGACAAAGAAGUGUUGGACAAUUUGAAACAAUUGCUAGUCGAGAGUGCGCUAGAUGCUGACCUCGCGCGGCACCUCAGCGCCCGCAGCGUUAUAAUCUUCCUUCGUUUUCUCGGUUAUUUGCGAACGUCGAACAUGGACAUCCUGCGUCAGACGAUAAAAGGUGUCGUCGACUUAAAGGCCGAGCUGGAUAAGUUUUACAAAGGGGAUAACAUAUCGAUAAUAUUCUGGGGGGAGGGUGAUGGACCUCUUUUGCUCUGGGGGAAACGAUUCUGCAAAGGUAAAACGCCAAUCAGCUCCAAUGACCUGACGACCCUUGUCUCUGCUAUUUUGAAACGUGAAGUGCCCGCACACUCUAAAGGCAUCGUUCCCGACGAUUAUCUAAGCUCAGAUGAAGACAAGGCUAACGGGCUAUAUUGCAAUGCAGUACAGCUGUUCAAUUUGGCCUCUGCCACACAAGGGGACAACGAUAUUAUACCAUUCUGGAAGAAGUUCGAUGUCGAAGAAAUCGAGAGCAACUUAACCAAAUCCAAGAAACUUCUAGAGCAAGGCAAGUACCAAGAAUCGGCGGAUGUCAGCCGGAAAAUAGCAGUUUUCUGUCUAAAAGAAUAUAAGAGGUUCGCUGCGGUUUUGGACACUGUGAGAGUUGGUUUGAUGGUCGUGACCAGUUUAAGUUACUUAGCGCUUCUUCUCACGGAGUUCGCCUAUGACGAGGACGUACCCCCUAAGCCGUUCGUCCUAAUUUACCUUCACCUUUUCUUCUGCGGACUGUCCUGCUGUUUCUUUUCCUUACCUUUUAUCACGCCUUGGCCUAACACUUACCAUCUCUAUCUUUUACUCCCACUAAUUUUUACCUGGGCGGUUAUGAGCAGGUAUUACGUUUGGCUCCCAAAGUUCAAGACCAUCAAUUUACGGACAGUGUCGAAAGUUUCUUGGUUUGCACUAGUGCUUGUCAUGGCAGCGGAGUUUUCUUUGAUGAGUUCUGUAACGACCAGUUCUUUUUUCAUCUGCGUCCUCGCGCUGCUUCCGACUCUUCCGAGAUUCUCGAAAGCUCCACUUAUUCUCACAACAGGUUGGUUCCUGAUGACGGCAGCGCUCCUUGGGGCUUUACAUCUUCCGGCUUACCAGAAACCCGAAACCAAGGCCAUCAAUUUUGCAGCGACCAUAGCACUCUGCACGUCCGGCUUCGCCGCCCUAUGGGUUCGCCCUCUUAAAGACAGGAUUCUGAGCAUUUUCAUAACAAUCCUUAUUGCUGUCGGGAUGCUUGUUGAAAAUAUGGCUCUCUCUUACAAAGGAGACAUUUGGUUCUUGCAUUUUUUUUUUAGAUAUUUCGCAUGGCCGUUAAUUUUCUCCCCACUCUUACCGAUAAUAGGCGAAGCAAAUAGAUUUAACAGGAUCACACACGUCGUCACUUCCGCGUCUAUCGUUUUCUGCUUGAGCUCUGCGCGAUUCGAAGGUUUAUGCUUUUUUACUGUGAUGGCCGUUGACUGGCUCUGGACAUUGAUGGAAAGCUACAGACUGAAGGAACAACUAAACUGCGAAUCCAUAAGGCGGUCCAUCUUCCUCGUAUUUCUCCUCCUGAUCGCCGGGCAGGUCGUCAAGACUUUGCCGGACGCUUAUAGACCUUUCAGAGCCGGAAACUGGUCCAAUUUCAUCGAUAUCUACAGGGAGUUGCUGGUCUCCAGUUGCGUUUUGACCGUUUUUCUGACGAUGAUGGAAUCCGACUCUCACGUAUACACAACGAUACUUUUAAGCAUGGUCAUAACGGCGAUCGCCACCAUCAGAACCAUAAUUGUCCCAGGCGACGUCUACACCAUCCAGAUCCGCGGGAUCGUGUUCGUCUCGGCCUACUACUUAGCACUUGUCAUGAGGGGGAAAUCAAAACCAAAAACGGAGGAUGGUAUCGAUCCAAUACAAGACGAACUAAAUCAAUAAACAUACUUUGUUUAGCCGUCCUUUUGUAA